AUGGGAUUCGGGCAAUCUAAAAUAACGAGUGGUGGAGGAUCUGCACCAGGGAUCCCUGACCAUGGAUCGGGAGGGCAAAGGAAGCUUCCGCUUAUGAUGGUGAGCACUUACUAUAACAACCAUAUUUCGGGGAAUGGGCCGAAUAGGGUUCUGAUGGGCCCUUUCGAAACUGCUGUGGCUCGAAAGAAUCCAGAAGCGUCUUUGAACCUUUAUCUCUGGAAUGUUUCUUCGUUCGAUAAGCACUGCGUGCGUAUUCUUUCAAACGAAGACCGGCUAACUGAAGCGAGGAUUCGGUACCUCAUGGAACAGUAUGCGUUGCUUUUCCUCCAUUUAGACCGAUUUGAUGAGAUUACUCGUUGCAGCGUCGACGAGCUAGUACCUCCAAGAAUUGAGGAGGCACGCAUCAAGGCACUGUCACGAAAGGAGAAAGCAAAAGAGGAAAAGGCAAAAGCGGCAAAAGAGGACCCAUUUUACUCAUCCUCCGAUGAGGAGGAGGAGGAGGAGGAGGAGGAUCGAUAUUGGAAUGAGAACAUCAAGCCAGAAGAGUGGCAUGUUUGCAACAACACAACUCUCGUGGCCAUCGCUGAGCAGCGGAUAUUUGUUGCUGGUCCAGGACGCUUCUCAGUUGUUAUUGCUGGACCUGCUGGUGCUCGGGUGCUGUCUGAGGCGGACCCGGAAGCCUUGGAUAUCCAGAUUUUUGAGUAUGAGCACCGGCUUGCACCCAACGAGUUUCUAGUCAUGCUUCCUGAGACUUUGCAUGUGUCAAAACUUGACACUGUGGCCUGGAACGAAUGGGUUCAGAGAGGAUAUUGGGAAGUGGCAGACAGAUUGUGUGAAAUGGAUGACGCUAGUGAAAGCUCAGUUCUGGUGCUUCACAAGGAGGAAUCUCGAGCUACCAACUCCAAUAAGGUGAUCAAUGGGGAAGCAUCAUCGACGAGCCUUAGCAAGUUACAGAGCGGACAUUGAAGUUGCGGGUAUUGUAGACCGCGGUAUAUUCGUUUUUUGAGUACCGAGUAUUCGAUUUUAUCUUUGAACAACUACGGUAGCUUCAAAGCCCUGACACGUCAGCAUGUUUAAGACACGUCAUCACGUUUAAGGCAACCCCACUCCUCGUCAACCUCCUGCUGGAUGAUCGCCUCCAUCUCGGCAUCGUAGGCGCAUGAGAUUGUGGUGGAGGGCGAUGAGAUGGUACCUAAUUAAUCCCCCAGCGCUCCCACUCGCGAUCGGCAGUCUCCACACACCCGCCGUAAAUCUCCGUCGUGUGCGGGUGCGAGCGACCGUGUUCUUGAUGCAGAUCACUCUUGCCGGGCUCUUUCUUGAUCCCCCUGUCCGUCAUGAGCUUCCUCACCCGCUUGGCCUCCUCCCACUCCCUGUGAGCUCCGGUUCCCAGCGGAUCAAGCUUGUUUUUGAUCUUCAUGAUGAUCUCUUCCACGCGCUGCGUCCGCGGAGCAUCGUUCUGAGACUUGCAGCAGCGCCAACCACGUUCACCUGGAGCGGCACCAUCCACCCCAAUGUCGUUCGCCCCCCUGUACUGAUUGAGAGCCAGGUAUCCCUUCGUCGUCGCCUUGUCCUCGAUCGCGUCGUAGCACACCCGAGCAAGGAUCAUACUUCCAAACUUCUCCGCGAACAUCCCAAUCUUCUCCUGGACUAGCCUCUGCGGUUUCUUGGCUUCGUCCACUGUGAUGUUCCUGGAUUUCUGAGCGACGAGAACGUAAGUGUCCACGUCCGGCGGCGCUGCUUCCUUGGCCAGGCGCAAGAGCAUCGUCGUCCAAGCCUUCAUUCUCGAAAGCAUUGGAUGCUGCCAACUUUUGCGUACAUUCUCAUCACCGCAAACGUCAGGAACGAGG